AGAGUUGUAGAGCACACGGGAUAAUAUGUCUGGCAACAUGAGUAGUAGUCCUGGCUACUUCCUCGCCCUUUCCAUCCUGGUCCUCGGCGUUACAACUAACCUGCAGCCGCACCCUGGCUGCACAGCUGCUAGGGAGUUCCCAGGGGCCAACUCGCCCGCCAAGCAUCAGGCCCCGGUGGCUGUGGGCACCGCCGCCCCAGCCGGGACCAAUGGCAACGACACUACCGCCCCACAAGUGGCCGUUCAUGGCCGCAGUAGCCCAGCUGGAGGGGCCGAAGGGCAAUACAUGGACCUCAAGGGCGAGUGCGCAACUCGUGCAGGGUGCUACGUUCCAGGGGUUGCAACACAGAGACACCCGACCUUUCCGCCCGUAGUUGGUUCUCCAACAGGCGGUUCUUCAGGAUUUUGGGAGUUCGUCCGUGGUGGAUGGCGGAGAAUGAAGAUUCGUCCUCCCGUACGAAAAUGACUCCCUGCAGCCGCAUCCCUUAAACCAUGGUUGAUGUCUUCUGCCCGUGUUAUAUGGGAGAAAAUCAAUGGUGUAUGGGAGUUACUACUGUGUCUGAUACCUAGCUAGCUUGGCAUCCGCUUGGUGUCGGCCAUUUGGGAAGGCUCCCUGCUGCUUAAUGAGCUAGCCUUCAUCGUUAAAUAAAACGUCUGAAAUAUGCAUUUACUCGUACUGUAACGCUGCAGUUCUCUCCUGCGUCCAACAGAGCUGGGGUUGGCUUCUGAUUCAUGGUCUGGAGUCUUCGACGAUGUGGGGCGCGGCGUACAGAUCGGACCUGUUGAUGAAGGCCCUGCCAUUUUUCUCGUGUAUUGUUUCUUAGAGUCUUUUGUUCAGGGGUUGAAAGUUGUAACAAGCAGGGUGUGCUCUGUACAACAGAGGUGUCAGCACUCUAUCGCU